UUCACACUUGUACUAACAGUGAAAUGUCUGGCUCAUCUGUGGAAACAGCUUGCCUUUCGUUAGCUAUUUAAAAAUCUAUCUGUUGCUGAUCGUUGUCCAAAUAUCACCAUCAGGAAAUUUUACUCUAGGGACAGGGUCCAACCAAGUCCAGACAAGAUGAACAUGUUUGAUCGGAAUAUACAUUUUGAUUCCCUUUUUAAAUUUUCCCAAAUCUCCCGCUCCACUCAGCUGCACCUGAAGAAUGUCUACUCCAGCCUGGCCCUGUGCAUGUUUGUGGCUGCAGCUGGAGCCUACGUCCACGUCAUCACCAGACUAUUCCAGGGUGGGCUGUUGACAAUAAUGGGCUCCCUGGCCAUGAUGGUCUGGCUGACGAUGACCCCCCACUGCCCUCAGACGGAGAAGAAGAGACUGGCUAUCCUCUCUGGCUUUGCCUUCUUCACAGGUGUUGGUUUGGGCCCAACCAUGGAUUACAUCAUCUCUAUUAACCCUAGCAUCAUAGUUACAGCCUUCCUGGGGACCUCCAUCAUCUUUGUGUGCUUCACACUGAGUGCUCUUUACGCCCAGCGUAGGAGCUUCCUCUUCCUCUGGGGUACUCUGACAUCCGGAUUGUCCAUCCUGCUCCUGGUCUCUUUCCUCAACAUGUUCCUGGGGUCUGUCAUGUUGUUCAAGGCUCACAUAUACCUUGGCCUGGCCAUCAUGUGUGGAUUUGUGCUAUUUGACACUCAACUCAUCAUUGAGAAGGCUGAGAUGGGAGACAAAGACUACAUAUGGCACUCUGUGGAUCUCUUCUUGGACUUUGUGACUAUCUUCAGGAAGCUAAUGGUUAUUCUGGCCAUGAAUGAGAAGCAGGACAACAAGAAGAAGAAGUAAAUUAAGUGGAGGAAAGAUCUGUGACCUGGAAUUGCAUCAGGGGUGCGUCUGGUGCAUUCGCCUUAACUGCUUGAUCAUUAUGAAUUAU